CCAUCUACGUUUACAAUUUGCACUUGUUUUGUGCUACGUGUUCCACACUUAAUCCUUUCUUGACUCGCAAAAUAACUGAAUUUUCCAGGAAAAUGAGCUUUUUCAGUCGGGUUUUGGGAGGAAACACUCCAGAAAAUCAACAGUCAGGGGCAGAUACGAUUGCCAAGAUAUGUGAUCGAGUGCAGUCUUCCACGCUCCUGGAUGACAGACGAGAUGCAGUCAGGGCUCUCAAAGCUCUCUCCAAGAAAUAUCGGCUAGAGGUCGGUACCCAAGCCAUGGAUAUAUUGGUGAAUGUCUUGGAGACUGACCGGACCGAUGCUGAGAUCACUGGUUAUGCUCUGGAUACGCUCUUCAAUCUUCUAUCAGCACACACAGAGGAGGAGGAACAAAAUGAAGAAUUUCCAAAUGGUGACAUAAUGGAUCCUGAGCAGAUGAAGCUGUGUGCCCAGUUUGCUGAAAUAUUCAUCAAGAAUCCAAAUAAUAUUCCACUUGUACUUGGGUUACUAGAGGACUAUGAGUUCCGAGUAAGAUGGCCGGCCAUCAAGCUUUUGACCACCUUACUCUCCUACCAAGCUAGUCAGGUUCAGCAGUAUGUCCUGGGUAGUCCUAUGGGUGUGUCCAAGAUGAUGGACUUACUCUCAGACAGCAGAGAGGUCAUUCGCAAUGAUGGCCUACUUCUGCUGAUCCAACUGACCAAAGGAAAUGCCAACAUCCAGAAGAUUGUGGCCUUUGAGAAUGCCUUUGAGCGUCUUUUGGAGAUCAUGUCAGAGGAAGGUGGCAGCGAUGGUGGCAUCGUGGUUGAAGACUGUCUCCUGCUGCUUAUCAACCUCUUGAAGAAGAAUAGUUCUAACCAGUCCUUCUUCAAGGAAGGAGGCUUGAUCCAGCGGAUCACUCCUUUCUUCAGUAUUCAGAAAGAUUCAUCAUGGUCAGCUCAGAAGGUCAACAAUGUUCAUCUUAUGUUACAGGUUGUGCGGAUUCUUGUUGCUCCAAGCAAUCCUCAGCAAGCAACGGGAGCCUGUCAGAAGGUUAUCCAUCAAUGUGGUCUUCUAAAGUUACUCUGUGAUGUCCUCAUGGCCAGUGGAGUCCCAGCUGAUAUUCUUACAGAGACCAUCAACACAGUUUCGGAGGUGAUCCGUGGUUGCCGUGUCAACCAGGACUUCUUUGCCGCAGUCAACGCCCCUUCCAACCCACCAAGGCCGGCCAUCGUGGUUCUUCUGAUGUCCAUGGUCAAUGAGAAACAGCCCUUCUUGCUACGUUGUGCAGUCUUGUAUUGCUUUCAGUGUUUCCUCUAUAAGAAUGAAAUUGGUCAGGAACAGAUCAUUGCCACACUCUUACCAGCUACUGCUGACGUGUCAGCAGUGACAGCAGGCCAGCUUCUUUGUGGUGGUCUCUUCAGUACGGACCCUCUGUCCAACUGGUGCGCAUCCGUUGCCCUCGCACAUGCCCUCAAGGACAACCCCACACAGAAGGAGCAGCUUCUUAGAGUUCAACUUGCUACCGGGCUGGGGAAUCCCCCGGUCUCACUGCUCCAGCAGUGUACCAAUCUCAUGGCACAGCCGACAGUAAAGUUCCAGACAAGACUUGGUCUGUUGAUUCUUCUCAGUUCCUGGGUAGCUCAUUCACAGCUAGCUGUCUCACACUUCUUAGGUCAUCCUGGAAAUGUGCCAUUUCUAACAUCACAAGUUGCCGAGAAUGCUGAUGAACAGGAUCUCUUGGUACAAGGACUAUGUGCUUUCUUACUGGGAAUCUGUACACAAUUUAAUGACAACUCAAAUAAGAACUUCACCAAGGAAAGUCUGCAACAGCUAAUUGCCAAACGUAUUGGUGUAGAGACAUUCAUUGAGAAGUUAGAAGCGGUAUCCAAGCACGAGAGCUACACACAAGCAGCCAAGAAACCUCAAUUAAAGUUUGACUCGGUCGACAAGGUCUUAUUUGACUAUGAAUUUACAACACUCUUCAAGCAACUAGAAGUUUCUGUUAUCAAGGCAGUACAAGCUGGUGAUGACCUGGAUGCUAAGAAGACAGUAGAUGAUCAUAAUUCAAUCGUUACACAAUACAAAGACAUCAUCAGAGACCAGGACAACCAACUUAGUGAGCUGAAGAAAUCUCAUGAAGAAUUGACGAGAGAAUACAGGAGAGCAGAGUCUCAGUUGAAUGAACAAUCAAGUCAAAUUCAGCAACUAAGAGAUCAGUAUGUCCUUCUCAAAGCACAACAUGGUAGCCAAACUGGUCAAGGUGAUGGAGCAGAAACCAAUGAUGGUCAAGCGAUAGAAGUUAAUGGGUCAUCAGAGAGCAGCGGGGAACUAGAGAAACAAUUGGCAAUUCAAAGACAAUUAGUAACAGACAAAGACAAGGAGCUGGAAGAAUUGAGAGGUAGAUUAGCAUCCAUUCCAUCAGCUGACAAUGUAGAAUCAAAUGUAGAAUCAAAAGAUUCAGAGACGGCAUCUCUCAAGUCAAGAUUAGAAGAACAAACACAACUAGCAGAGAAAUAUAGAUUGCAGAAUGAAGAAUUUACCUCUCAAUUACAACAAGCCAGCAGUAGUAAUGACAACAGCGCCCUCUUGGCGGAGAAGGCAGCCAUGUCAACGAAGAUCACCGACCUAGAGGUCAGGUUAUCGAAGCUGGAGACGGAUAAUACGAGAUUAACUACUGAGAAUAAGGAGCUUAGUGGGGCUAAAGACAUGAUGGAGAUGCAGCUAAGGGAAGCUUCAGCCAAGGCGGCUAAUCCUGAAAUUGCAAUAGCUCUUCAGAGAGUACAGCAAGAGAAAGAUGAAUUGACCCAGAAGGUCAAAGGAUUAGAGAGCGAGAAGGAAAGUUUAGAAGGAUAUGUCAAGGGUGUCCAGAAAGAGAUGGAGGAUCUAUUAGUGUUGCUAACGGAAACGGACGAUAAGAAUGCUUCUUACAAACAGAGACUGAAAGAUCUCAAUCAAGAGGUAUCUGACAAUGAAUUGGAAGUUGGAGAUGAGGACGAAUAUGAGGAUGACGAUGAUGAUGAGGAUGAAGAAGAGGAGGGAGAAGUAUGAGGAAUAUUUUCAAAGUGAAUAAAUUUAUAUUGAACAAUUUUACUGGAGAGCCGGAGCAACAUUGCCAGAGAUGAUGGUGGAGAGUGGAAAAGGAAUACACAUUAGCUUAGUCUUCAACUUUUUCUACUUUUAAUAUGAUUCAAUUCACAAAAGAAUUUAAAUGUUUGUAAUGUAUUAUUUCUUUACAAUUAUGUAGUCUGUCAAAGCAAGGUCAUAACAAUGAAACUAUAUUUAUAUGAAUUCUUACAAACUUCUUUUGUUUUUGUACUUCUCACAUGUAGGUGAUGGUAGUUUCAGCCAGUUAUAAACUAUCACCAUUCCAAUGUAGACUAGGUAGACAUUUUCUUUGUUUGAAAUAUUUCAGUCACAAUUUUAAGCCACAAUUUUCUGCUGCCAAGUCAUUUUUAGAAAGGUUUUCAUUCAUAAUCCUUAAAUAAACUGCAAUUGUGUCAUAGUUUUGAUAACGUUUUGAUAAUGAGGUGCCAUCUUUAGGACGAAGGAUUGUACAUUUAUUGAUAUUAAAAUGAAAUAAUAUAGAGAUAAUUUUAUAUUGUCAAUAUAAUGUGGAUGGAACAAAAAGAGUUUAUCAAGCUACCUUUACAGGGGUCUGGGUCACCUUUGACUGGGUCUUUCAGCUGGAAACCUGCUCAGUGGGUAUUCCAAGCACGGUGUUAAAAAAGUUGGUGUCGGUGUCAAGGCAACACCAACACCAGCUGCAACAUACUUAUAGUUCCAUGACAUUUGCUCCGGCGACAAUCGCUCCGAUGGAAAAUCUGCAAGUUAAGCCAAACAUGAAACCUAACCUCCAAAACUGAAUAAAUCCUAAUCUUCAUCUUUACAUUAUUCUGAACUAAAAACUCUAUUACAAUCCUAACUCUAACCUUACGCCCUCUUAGAUAUCAAGACAGAAGCAAAUUGUUGCAGGAGCACAUGUCAUGUCACCAAUUGAAAUAAGUGGUAGAGCAAUGGGCCCAAAAUAUGGGGAAGAAAUUGAAGUUCAGUUGGCUGACUGCAUUUACACCAACACACAAAGUUAAAUACUUGUACUGGAAGCUCACUUCUUUUUAACUACUUUCCCCGAAGAGAGCUCUGCAUACAUUUGGAUUCAGGAUUAUAUGGGGCAGGAAGAAUUGAUUUAGGAAUAUCACAUCUAAAAGUAGUGCUUCUGUUUGUUGUGCAUUUUCAUAUUUUGUGUUGGGAUAUCUUUGUUAAUAAAAAAAAAAUCAGUGUUUCUUAAUUCAUAAAUGCACUGAUAUCAACUAAGUUGACUUAAUGAUACAUGUACUUUGAUAAGUGCAAUGAUUAUGACUAAACCUUGCUAUGUGAUUAAUAUAAUGAAAUGGAUUUAGAUUCUAAAUUGAUCUUUGCAUUAUGAAUGGAUAUUGGUGCUUGCAUCCGAUUUAAUUUCUUCAUUUUAAAAAUUAAUUUCUUGAAUCAUAUCUCAUGAAAUUCAAAAUGGAAAUUGUAAACAAACUGGCAUUAGCAGUGCCGUUCUUUUUAAAGAAUCUUUGUUUCAAGUUGUAUGAAUUAAAUUGUUACAUUCCAGCAAUAGCAAAAAAAAAGAUGCAUGUCCCUCAUUUAAUAACAUUACACCCAUUAAGCUAUAAUAAAAAACAGAUGUCAAAGCAUUUUUUUACAGAAAGUGACUUCAUUAAUGAUGGGAGCUGUUUCAUCGAUUUCCAUUGAUAAGAAUUGUUCCACCAAUUGGUAGGUCUUCAUAAAAACCAUGAGUUUGAUUGAGUGAUGUUGACAUUGUAGUUGAUGUCAAUGAUCAGUUUACCAUUAUCGGUUUUUGUCACAGGCCUGUUUUCCUAGUUGCGUCUGAUUCAGAUCGCUUCAAACUUGAAAUUGAUAGAAAUAUUACAAUCGAUGGUAACUUUCAUGAUCACAUGGUAGUUGAUGUCAAUAACAAAGUAACCAUCAUUGUAGACCUGGAACCUGUCUUAUGAAUAGUUGCAAUUCAUUUAGAUCAAUCUCAACUGGAUGUCUUCUUUCUCAACUUGAGAUUUUAGGUUUAUAUAAUUCAUAUUAUUUUUCAUUUCUCUUCAAUUUCAAUGUACAUUUUUAUUUAUUUGACAUUAAUUUUGACUUAUUGUUGUUGCUUUUCCAUUUUAAAUAUUCCAUUAAAAAAAUUUCAAAAUUCUCCCUUAAAAGAUUAAAUUGAUGACGUAUCAUGGACGAAUGAUGAAUGCAUAUUACGGUAAAGACUUGUCAACUAGGUAUGUUCUGCAGCAUACUGUUGUUAAACAUGCAUUGGUGUGAUAGUACAGAUAUUUUUCUACUGUGCAGAAUUAAUUUCUUCAUUGAAAUAACCAAUUUUCUUGAGAUGACUUGUUCAGCGUCUACUUUUAAAGUGAAGCUCAUGUAUGUUUUAUGUCCAUGUUGUAAUGUUUAUUGCAAAAAGAAAUAUAUAGAGAGGAUAAUCAUA